UGAUAUCCAUCUUCUGGAUAGAACUCCACGCAUAACUUUUUUCUCUAUAAUUUUUAUUGCCAUUAUCAACCUGAAGCUCUUAAGAAUAUUUUGAGUUAAAAACUCAUAAUGUUGCUUUAUAUAUAGGCGGAAAUGGACUCUAAAUGGCUGAAUUUUCUACUAAGCCAACUGAGGCUUGUGAAUUACGAAAAUGAAUACGAAACUAUGCGUUUAUUGUUCGAUAAGCCGCUUUCAUGUAAAUUGGUUUGCAAAUCGGCCCAAGAUUUGUUAGAAUCGUUAAAACGGAACGAAAAUUAUGAAUUUUUGUUGAAAGAUAAGCAAACUAGGGUAAGAGAAGCAGCAAAUCUCAGAAAAGAAGGUAAUGAUUGUAUGGCAGAGAAAGAAAAACCGAAUAAAGUGUUAGAGGCAUGUCGUCUUUAUACGGAUGCAAUUUUCACAGCAAUUGGCGUGGAUAACAUGGAAUUAUCACUGGGAUAUGCAAAUCGAGCUUUGGCACUUCAAUGUUUUGGUUACUAUCAGCAGGCGUAUGACGAUUGUGAGUGCGCUUUAGAAAUUGGCUAUCCGAAAAAGCUGUAUCCUAAAAUUAUUUGUCGUCAAGCAUACUGUGCUCUUCAACUGAAUAACGCGGAGCUUUUAACAAAACAUCUUAGCAGUUUGGAAAGUAUGCAUUUAAAUGAAAAUUUUCGACGGCAAGAGCAAGAACUAAGGGCCAAUUUAUGGAAAUUACAAAAUCAAACUGAAAAGACGAACGGAAAUGUUGAAUUGAUAUUGAAGAAUCGAGAUUCUCAGGAAAUUGUUAAUACAUUUAGUGAAAUUGGACGGUAUAUGAGAGCUAAACGACUUAUUAAACAAAAUGAACUUAUUUUUUCGGAGCGAGCAACAGCUCUUGCUCCCAUAGGUUCUGCCAUUCAACUUUGUAAUCACUGCGCAAAAACUAGUUUUAUACCAAUACCUUGUCAGCAUUGCCGUGGCCGUGUUGUAUAUUGCUCUCUCGCUUGCUUGAAAGCCCAUAAAAAUAUUCAUUUGCACGAAUGUUCGGCGUAUCAGAUGCAACUAUUCGCUCAUGUAGGCAUUGCCCAUUUAGCUUUACGGAUAAUUCUUGACAAUGGACUACUAACAAUUCUGGAUUUAUUAAGGAAUAAACAAACGACGAAAGCAAUCUGGACUUCGCUAACGGAAGGUGGCGAUGUUUGGAGUAAUCCUACAGCUGCAUACAGUGAAUCCUUACGUAUGGUUAGUCAUCUAAAAAAAAUGGCCCUUGAAGACGUUAAAGUAUUCGCUGCAGUAUCGCAUCUCAUUGUCGUUUAUUUAAGCAGAUAUACAAGCUUUUUCGAUUUGCUAUCGAGCAACCAUCGCUUUAAUUGCAAUUGGGAAUUAAUUGUGGCUGCAUUAAUUCUUAAACACAUUGGUCAAUCGAUUGUCAACGGCCAUGUUUGCACAGUUAUUAGGCCAAAGAUUUUUGAAAAUUACUCUCUAACCGAAUACCAUCUUUUAAAUGAGGAUCUAUGGGAAAAGCCGUGGCAUUUAAGACGAGGUUAUCUACAUCGAUUUGCAUAUAUUGAUGAUGUGGCCACUUUAAAUUUACCCUAUACAAGCAUUUGCAAUCAUUCAUGCCUUCCGUUAUUUCAGCCAAAAUUUUCAGGCCGUAUUAUAAGUGCAUAUGCCAUGCGCGAUAUUAAAGAAUCUGAAGAAAUUACCAAUUGCUAUACGCAACAUAGUCGUGUCGAAAGACGUCAAACAAGACAAGAAAUUCUAAAGAAAUCUUACCAUUUCAUUUGUAAAUGCGGAGAAUGCAUGCGCCAAGAAGGAGACGAUGAUGUAAAUCAAUUUCAUCAAUAUCGCUGUGAUAAUGAGAAAUGUCGUCAUGUAUUUGUUCCGCAAACACCGUUGAAAUGGUGGCAGAGGAAAACUUCAAACGAUUUACAAAAUAUAAAUGUGUUAUGCGCGGUUUGCGGUUCGCGCCAAAUGUUUAAAUGGUUCUACGACUACCAAAAGUUGCUUACAUCUCUUAAUUCUCCAUUGACACGGCUACGUUUAUAUCAAUUAUAUCAAAAUUUAGAUGAAUAUCUGCUUGCCUUCAACAGCUGUAAAGCUUUUAUGGCGUCGAAAGCGGUCCAAGAAAUUUUUAAAUUUCUUAACGAUGGAUCUUUAAAUGAAGAAGACUACAAAAACCUUACCCGAAUGAUCAAAUAUUCAUUGGAAUACGAAACUUAUACAUCAGGUUCGAGUUGCAUUUCUUACAUCUGCGAAAUGACUUAUCUGUGGGACAUUAUCGCUUUGGGAAAAUGGAAAUACGAGCACAAGGAUAUGAAUUCAAUCUUCAAUGAAAGUCUCAUCGUACUUGGGGACGAAAUGUUUCUUAUAUUUUCGAAUUAUUACAAAGACUUCUUAGUAAAAUCUUAAACCAAGAACUUUAGAAAAAGCCAUUUCACUGAAUUUGUUUAAAAUUUAUUAAUAGCAUCAAUUAUAAAAAUAACAUCUUUGGCUAGUGGAGUCGCGUUACAUUCACUUUCUAGAUAAUUGACGCACUCAUCUAACUACUUGCGGUGCUCACUGCAAUUGUUUGUGUUGAUAAUGCUGUGAUGGACGACGAACUGUGUCAGUUCUACGCAGAGAUCGCAAGUCUACUACGCAUCUUUAAGGUCGCUCUCCGCAAACUCUUUUCCGUUUAUAUCUACUUGAAGCGCUGGGGGUGGGGGCGAGGGGUCUUGGCGCUGAAGCACUGACGGGCUGAUAGUGGAUCAGAUAGAUGGGCAUAGAUGUUGAUUGAUUUGACUACAUUGCCUAGUGACGAUACUAGGGCUAAUAUACAGCGCUUAUAUCAUCGCGCAGCUAACAAACGUCUUUAAAGCAGUAUGAACAUCAACAUUUACAUUUUCCGGAAAUCUUUCAUUUUGAUAUUUUCUUAUAUCGUAUAUGAAUUUGCGUUGUAUGAUUAAGUGGACGUUUGGCGUAAUCGUGUGAGAAAAAAAGUUAGGAGACUGGGAAAUAGCUUACAUUGAAUUUAGCAAGGGCGAAAACAGUGGCAAUACUCGUCUCAGUGGAGAAGGUAUAGCAGAACAAUUUUUGGGAAAACUUGAAAACAAAAGGGUUAGAAAGUAAUGCAAUUACUAGAUAAAAGUCUGAAAACGCAAAGUAAUAUGUAACAUAAUUAAAGCUAAGUGCAUUUAAUCUAUAAACACAAAAGAAAAAGGAUACACCGAUAAUUCAUUGAGAUUACAAUAUCCAAUUAAAACUUUUAUUAUUCGUUGCUUUUAAUAAAAUGAAUUUUUUUGUUGAAAUAGUUUCGUAUAUGUUUUAUAUCUUUUAUAUUUAUACAUUUAAAAUGUGUGUGAGUAAAUAUAUCAACACUUAUACAAAACUAUAUGAAUUUGUCGGUUGUUCAAUACUACUUGUUAAUUAAUUUUUAAAAAUGUUCUUUGUGAAAUAUUUUCGGCUGUUUUAUAUACUUUAGAUAUGUAUAUGUUGUACGAUUACAGGAGGAAAUGUGGGUUUCAGUAUGUGAAAAUACUUUGCUAGGCGUAUUUUUUUUUUUUUCUUAAAUUAAAUUAUAGUAUUUAAAGCUACUACAUAAAACAGAUAACAUUAUAUUUGAACUUAUAUUGUUUUUCAUUCGAUCUCAUUUUCAGUAUAAUACUGAUUUACAUUGAAAUUAUUCGAAAAAAUAAUUUUUUUUUUGGUUAAAAUAUAAACUAAACAUUUUAAGAAAAAAUCGAAGAAUUAUUUUAACUAUUUCAAAUAACUUUAGACAACCCUAGACAAUAAAGCUAAUUUUUAAGGCACAAACGUUGCUUGUUCAUUAUCCCUUUUAAUGGGGUUCUGUUAAAUGUGAUUUUCGUCAUUUCGUAAUCAUAAAUAAAUAUUUAUUUUCCUUUUAGAAAACAAAAAAUCUCGAUUACGAACAAAUAAAACAUUCAGAUGUGAUCUAACAAAAGCUGUAACAUUUCCGGCAUAUUGUUUGCUACACAAUAGUGCAGUAAACAUGUUUGGGCAUUGUUGUUUGUUUCGUUGACGUGUAUCCGUUCACUUUGAAAUUAUUAGUAACUAUAACUGCUCAUAUUUACGCAUA